AUGCGCAAGCGCUCCCUGGGGCCUGUCGCGUCCCGGAGGAGGGAUCCCUACGAAAUGACGUUGGCCAAGGGGUCAGAAGCGGCGGUCUCACGAGUUGCCCGCGAAUCUCAAAGUGCUUUGAAGGUCUUUGUUCAAGCUGAGACGCCGCCAAGCCACGGCCAAGGACCAAUCGGCGACGAGACAACCGCAGCGUCUUCCGACCUAAAGUAUCAUUUCGAAGUCUUGUCAUCCACACUUCUCACGUUCUUUGUGAGAACAAAAAUGACUUCCAAAAAAUCAACUACGUCAACCAAGUGGACAGCAGUCCUGAUAAGCACCUUGGGUUUGCUUGCCCUUGCUCCGGUGCAAGUUCAAGGAGGUUCUGGUGCUUUCGACGGCUCCUCUUACACCUUCUGUGUGGCGGUUCGUUUCGACGCCUCCCCUGACGUCAUCACCCGCAUUAAGUCUGUCUUCACAGCGGCAAGCCAGGUUUUCAAUGACGCGACCGACGGUCAGCAGCGCUUUGGGACCAUCAAAAUUGUGCCUAAUCUACUCGAGUCGGACGACGCCGAAUUCUACAUCCAUCAAGAAGAGGGCCGAGCCGACGCCCCGCCAGACGGCUACGGAGUUCGAGGACAACACGUCAAUCUGUACUACCCGGAUGAUUUUGCGGCUAGCAUCGACAGCGGCGCCUUCACGAUCGCGCACGAGAUGGGCCACCAUGCUUUCGGACUGCGCGACGAGUAUUCGGACGACAAGAAAGUUGCGUGCUCGGACCACACGGACGACCCAAACCUUUCGUUUUGUCUGAUGGACAAUUACUUCGCCUACGGCGCUCGGAAGACGGACCCAAGCGCCCGGCCCACGCUCAAGGAAUUUUGCGUGCAUGACGUCAGCGGAGCCUUAUCGCACGACCCCAACAUGGACACGCGGCAGAGCAAGCUGAACAAGGGCCAGUCCUGCUGGGAGACGAUCGCGACGCACCCGACUCGGCCGGCCCAGCCCCCAAACCCCGGGCAACUGCCAAACCCCUUGAUUCCGGCCUUGCAGCUGGUCGACUUCGCGGAAAAUUCCGGGUUUGGAACCAGUGUGGUUAUCGUCAUCGACCGGUCCGGCAGCAUGGCGGACGACGGCAAGCUGGAAUACGCGCAGGCGGGGGCGAUAGCGUAUGUCAACUCGCUUAUCGAGGGGGAUAGCGUGGCCGUCGUAUCGUUUGCCUGCGACGGGGGCACUGUUGAUAUGGACCUGACGGUUAUCGACAAAGACGGGCGGGUUAAGAGCACCGCCAAUAAUGCAAUUCAGGGCCUGGAAGCGGACGGUUCGACCGGGAUCUCAGACGGGAUCGGGUUAGCCGUUAACCUGCUGGUUAGCGCGGCGUCCCGCCCCUGCCGCGAGAAGAUCGUUUUGCUGACGGACGGCGACUGGAACUGCGGAGAGUCUCCCGUCAAUCUCAUUCCGCUCCUGCAGAAGGAGGGCAUCUCGUGCUUCGCUCUGGGGGUCGGGGAGGGUUUGUCGACCGGCGGCUUAACCGACCUCCAAACCCUGGCCAAAGGCACGAGCGGCCAGUUCUGGGCGUCCCAGUCGCCCCUUUCUACGGUUAGCACGUUUCUGGGUUUAAGCGCCGGGAACGUCAACAAACGUCAGCUCGGCUCCCUGGUGGGCGGCGAGGUUUCUACCGGGUCAGGGAAUGUAACCGACCCGGUUAAGGUGGGACCCCUCGAGGCAAUGGUCGAGGUUAAUGCGACCGAGGUCUCGUUCCUGCUCGUGUUUAACUCGUCCGCCGCUAACCUAACCAUCCAAGACCCGACCGGGAAAACGCUCCAAGUCACCGGGUACAACUUCACGCGGACGUACAGCAACUUUUCAGUGGCCCAGGCGCCCGCGCCGCUGGCCCCUAACCUGACCGCGGUUAACCAAACCUACAACCUGUCCUCCACGACGACGGUCGAGCUGGGGCCAAACUUCGUUUCGGUAACCGUCCAGAAACCCGUCCCGGGAACGUACACGGUGUCGGGCGUCCAAGUGUUUAACGCGUCGGUUAGCGCCCUAACCCCGGCUCCCGCGCCCGCGCCAAAGCCUGUAGGCUUUCAAGCUCGGCAGGGGGAUCCCCCUCCGAAGCCUCAGUUGGAGCUCUUCGUCUACGGAAGAAACCCUCUGGGCGCCCAGUUGAACGCGCUGGUCGUCAAUAACGACACGGUUUACGCGCCUGACCCGGUGGUUAUCGAGGCUAACCUGCUCUUCAGCGGACGCCUCGUGCUCAACGCGACCGUCACCGCUGACGUCUUCUUCCCGAACGGCACCCGGGCCGGCAACUUCACCCUGCUUGACAACGGCAAUAACAACGACUCGAUCGCGGACGACGGCUACUACACCGGACGCUUCUCGGACUACGGCGCAGAUACGGACGGCUCGUACACCUUCAAGCUGACGGCGCGUUCCGGGCAGAACGCGAGCAUUUACCCCGGGGAGAGCUUAUUCGCGGCGACUAGCCCCCCCGCGAGCGUGCCUGGAGGGGUGCCGGACUUCGUGCGUCAGCAGACGGUGUCCGCAGUCGUUGCGGACACGCCGGUGGAUUUCGGACAGUUCUCGGUCCCUUCACCUCCGCGGGCGAGGUCUCCCGCGCCCGCGCCCGCGCGCGCGUUUGGGCCGACGGGGGCACCUUGAAACGGAGGGGUGAAGUUGUAACCUGACGGCGGGAAGAGUCUGUGUAAAAAAGUUUGACAGAAUGUUGAGGCGAAGGGAGUCAGUAGCGUGGACUGAUCAUCAAGAGGACUGCAAGUUGGUGUACAGUACUUUAUCGCAACGGAGAUUGAGCGUCUUGAGAACUCGUGCCUUUGUUAAAACUACAGCGAUGAAGGCAUAGGAUGUGUGGCAUCAACCGGCUAUGAUGCACGUUUCUUACUGGUGCUUUGUACAAUAGCUUUCAAAACCAUUGUAAUUGUACAGUAGAGCGUAAGGGCUAAUCUCAAAACCUUGGUCGGAUUGGAGGCUGAGAACGUCUUAGAAUUGUACGACUGGAACGGUUUGAAUGCAUUGUCGUCCUUGUAUUUCAUUGUCUUGUGUAUUGCACCUUCAUUGGUGCAGAUUAAGGGAACUUCACCGGACUUGGCAGAACAGCAUAAGAAAUCUUCAAUCGCUGAGCGUGACGAACGCCCGUCCCAGACUUUGACCUCAAUCUCCAAACUAUAGUGACUCCGUCCUUUCGUAACCGAGAUUCUAUUGGCGAUUUGUCUGAAAUAAUAAGCCAUCAUGCUUCUUGGAAGCGCUGGGAA